GCUGAGAAAGAAGAGGUGUCAACAGAGAGGGAUAGACUGAACUGGAAUCUUCGGGUCAUAUAUCAGCUUGAUGAUUUCCCUGUCAAUAAAUAUUGUUCACAAAAAGAUGACACAGGAGGUAAUCCCCUUUCUUGUACAUUAAAAUACAUUAUUUAUUAGAUAUUACACUUUAAAUCAAUAUAUAGUAUUAAAAACACUAAUAUUGUUUAUAUUGUAGCGUUAAUACUGUAGUGCUUCUCUGUUGCAGAUAGAAAGUGUAACUCUUGUCAAGAUGGCUGGAUGUUGUUCAAAUCUAGUUGUUACCUGAUUUUGCACCCUGACGCUCCAUGGAAGACCUGGACACAAAGCCAACAAUAUUGCAAACAAGAGAAUGCUGAUUUGGCUAUCAUUGGCAGCCAAGAGGAACAGGUGGGACAAUGGUACAAACAAAAGAUUAGAGGGACAGAUUCACUCAACCUUUAAGAGACUCAAACAAUGAAAAUGUAUGAAAAGUGAAAUAGGAACUAGAUUAAAAUGUGUGAUAGCUAUGAGCUCAGGGUGAGACAAAAGCACAAAGCCCAUUACAAUGCUACUUCCUGUUGUGCUCUUUGUUAUUUUCUCAUUUGGACCUCAUUACAUCCAUUAGAUCCUGUAUUUACACACUGCCUCCCAAAAAUUUGAAUUAUUGUAAAAAAAAAAAAAUGUGGUUUCACUCACUUCUCAUUAAGGAAUUCAUUCAUAACCACACUCAAUACUUCUAUGAUGAACAUCAUGGGUACUGGAUCGGCCUGACUGACAUGGCUAAAGACCGCCAAUGGCUCUGGGUUAAUGGAAGUAAUCAGAAUCUGACUGAUGGGUAAGGACAUUUCAUUCAGUAUAAACACAACAAAGAAGCAUUGUUAAAUCGUUUUUUGAUUCAGUCAUUUCUUUUCAUUCAUGGUGGUGUUCUCUUUUCACAGGUUUUGGAAGAGACAAACUGGGGGUGAUUGCGUAUUAACUGUCCCAAAGAAUGCACCUUUGGAUAAUUGGAAUGCUGAAUCGUGUAGCAUGCAGAACCGUUGGAUCUGUGAGAGUAGAGCAUUAAAAUGGUCAGAUUAAAUUGCAGGGACACUCUCUUAAGAGGUAUUCUCACAUACUAAUCUCAUAUUAUUGCAUCUUCCUUUCAGGAUUAAAUUGAGUUGUAUUCUUCUAAUUUAACGACCCCUGCAUCUGUUUGUUGCGGUCAAUUCGAAUUCACUCAAUUCAAGAAGUGAUUUUAAUUUACAUUAAAUCACAUUUUAUUUGUCGGGCACACACAUUUUGCAGAUGUUAUUGCAAUACCUAACAAUACAAAAAAAUCACACAAAUCCCAAACAUUUAAAUAAAGGAAUUAAGGAAUAUCAGGACGAUCAAUGUCAGAGUCCGGAAUAUAAAUAAACAUAUAUAGUGGUGUGUAUAGAAAAGGUGUGUGCAGCUGUAGUUAUAUAGGAUGAACCUUGACUAAAGUACAGUACUGUAUAUACAUAUAAAGUGGGUAAAACAGUAUGUAAAUAUCGGAAAAUGUUCAUUGGCUGACUUGAAUUCGAAUUGACCCCAACAAGGGUCUGUUUUGUAAUUUUUCCUGUUAACAAUCAAGGAUCUGUUGUGAUGUAGCUAUAAUGUAUUUAAAAAGUAUGUUUUGUUUUGAGCUUUCAUAUAAAUCAGGCACAUUUUCUUUAAUAUCAAUAACUUCACUUUGACAAUGAAUGAAGUACAAGUGUAAUAUAUAGAAUGGAAGUUACGUUUUUUAUAAAAUCAGUCAGUUUUAUAAACUAUGCAAUACUUCUAAAUCAGCAGCUUUAGGCACUUGACUAAAUUUUUCUUUAAAGCGGCAAUCAGCAGUUGACACAAUAACAAAGCUUGUGUCCCGCCCCUGUUUUGGUAAAAAGCUGAGGGAUGGGGCUGGAGAAAUGUAGCCACUGUCAAAUUCAUAGAAGAGCUAUGGGUGCAAGGACUGACCACCCAUGAUAUAAACUUUAUGGUUGUAACCAUGUUAUGAGUGUUUGUUUACAUUUUCUUUGAUUACGAACACUGGAGGAAAACAAGCUUAUAUAUUGGGUUGUGAUGGAGAAUGGCAGAUGAACUAAGCUCAUGAGACAUUUAUAAGUUAUAUUCUUCAGGAAUCCACAGGUACAUAUCAUUAAUUUAUAUGUCCUAAAAUGUAUGUAGCAACUGCAGAUUGCCCCUUUAAGCAUCAUGCAAAUGUGUGACAUCACAGAUAAGUAAGGAAACCAAAAUAAAACAUGGACAUUACUGUGCUCAUACAGUGAGGGAAAAAAGCAUUUGAUCCCCUGCUGAUUUUGUACGUUUGCCCACUGACAAAGAAGUGAUCAGUCUAUAAUUUUAAUGGUAGGUUUAUUUGAACAGUGAGAGACAGAAUAACAACCAAAAAAUCCAGAAAAACGCAUGUCAAAAAUGUUAUAAAUUGAUUUGCAUUUUAAUGAGGGAAAUAAGUAUUUGACCCCCUCUCAAUCAGAAAGAUUUCUGGCUCCCAGGUGUCUUUUAUACAGGUAACGAGCUGAGAUUAGGAGCACACUCUUAAAGGGCUCCUAAUCUCAGUUUGUUACCUGUAUAAAAGACACCUGUCCACAGAAGCAAUCAAUCAAUCAGAUUCCAAACUCUCCACCAUGGCCAAGACCAAAGAGCUCUCCAAGGAUGUCAGGGACAAGAUUGUAGACCUACACUAGGCUGGAAUGGGCUACAAGACCAUCGCCAAGCAGCUUGGUGAGAAGGUGACAACAGUUGGUGCGAUUAUUCGCAAAUGGAAGAAACACAAAAUAACUGUCAAUCUCCCUCGGCCUGGGGCUCCAUGCAAGAUCUCACCUCGUGGAGUUGCAAUGAUCAUGACAACGGUGAGGAAUCAGCCCAGAACUACACGGGAGGAUCUUGUCAAUGAUCUCAAGGCAGCUGGGACCAUAGUCACCAAUAAAACAAUUGGUAACACACUACACUGUGAAGGACUGAAAUCCUGCAGUGCCCGCAAGGUCCGCCUGCUCAAGAAAGCACAUAUACAGGGCCGUCUGAAGUUUGCCAAUGAACAUCUGAAUGAUUCAGAGGAGAACUGGGUGAAAUUGUUGUGGUCAGAUGAGACCAAAAUCGAAGGAGAAGGAAUGCUGCCUAUGACCCCAAGAACACCAUCCCCACCGUCAAACAUGGAGGUGGAAACAUUAUGCUUUGGGGGUGUUUUUCUGCUAAGGGGACAGGACAACUUCACCGCAUCAAAGGGACGAUGGACGGGGCCAUGUACCGUCAAAUCUUGGGUGAGAACCUCCUUCCCUCAGCCAGGCCAUUGAAAAUGGGUCGUGGAUGGGUAUUCCAGCAUGACAAUGACCCAAAACACACGGCCAAGGCAACAAAGGAGUGGCUCAAGAAGAAGCACAUUAAGGUCCUGGAGUGGCCUAGCCAGUCUCCAGACCUUAAUCCCAUAGAAAAGCUGUGGAGGGAGCUGAAGGUUUGAGUUGCCAAACAUCAGCCUCGAAACCUUAAUGACUUGGAGAAGAUCUGCAAAGAGUGGAACAAAAUCCCUCCUGAGAUGUGUGCAAACCUGGUGGCCAACUACAAGAAACGUCUGACCUCUGUGAUUGCCAACAAGGGUUUUGCCACCAAGUACUAAGUCAUGUUUUGCAGAGGGGUCAAAUACUUAUUUCCCUCAUUAAAAUGCAAAUCAAUUUAUAACAUUUUUGACAUGCAUUUUUCUGGAAUUUUUUGUUGUUAUUCUGCCUCUCACUGUUCAAAUAAACCUACCAUUAAAAUUAUAGACUGAUCAUGUAUUUGUCAGUGGGCAAACGUACAAAAUCAGCAGGGGAUCAAAUACUUUUUUCCCUCACUGUAUCUAGUGACCUCAUAUCUGAUGUUGAUAUCACAGUGUUUAGAGGUAUAUAAACACCAGUUGACGCAACAUUUUUAUUUCUAAUAUCCAUUCCACUAUAAAGUCUAUUGUUGAAUUUUUGCAGGAAACAAAACAGCCUUUUUAUGUUAACGGUGUUGCAAUACUGUCCAUUGAGCCCAGAUUAAAAUAUACUGUGUUUCAUAUGAUGGUUUUAUCUGUCUUUGAGAUGCAAUGAACAUUGGAGCUCUGACCAAAAGCUCCUAAAUGGCUGACCUCUUUGCCUCUCCAACAAUCUUAGGCAACCAUUGAAGUCCUCAUCAAUCUUGUUACAUAUGAUUUCUUUUUUUGAGGUAUGGACUCAUUGUGUAACCUGUCACCUAUUGUCUGUUUGUCCUCUUUGUAUUUUUUCGUUUGACCUUUUAUUUUAGGUUCCUCCUCCACCGUCCUCACUUACUCUCUCUCCUCUAUUGCUGCAUUCCGUUUCUUUUUUCUUUUUUGGAGGGGAGUCCUCUACAGUUUCUGAUUGGUUGGUUUUCUCUAUCGUUAGUGUGUUCCAUCUCCUCAGCCUCUGGAGCCUCCUCUUUGUUCUUGGACAACAUCUUAUUUUUCAUAAUAGUGUCUGUCAGUCACUGGGAGAAAUUCACGAUUUCAUUGACAUUACUGUUUUGUUUAGAAGACUGUCUCUGUAUAAGGAGCAAUGAUGUGUAUUCAUGGAUGCCAAGAGAAGCCAGGGUUCCCAAACAAAAUGACCAAGAAAAAAAACAUACAUCCUUUUGUAUCUUUCGUCUCUCUGUGUUUCAUACAUUUCCUUCAAUUCGCAAGAGGCUGAAUGUAUCUCACCGGAGAAAGCAUCUGAGCGGACGAAACAGCAUCCCUCUGUCUCAGUAUGUGUAGUGUAUCUAUCUGAUGCUGUCUGGUCAGAAAAAGUAUGACAUUGUUGCUGCCUGUAGCAUUGAAUGCAAGGGAAGCCAGCAACAAUUUGGACUACCUUAAAAAAAAAGAAAGCUGUGAAUGGUCCUGGAGUACCAAAAAACAGUGUCAAGGGAAGCCAGUUUGGAUUUGGGUUCAGACCAAUCCCAUUGCAAGCCAAAUGUCAUUAUUGACAGAAAUUGACAGCCCUUUCCUAAAUGAGCCAUGGAGGAGAUAGGGAUUUGGACUUGUGGUUUUACUUAUUUCUCCAGACUGACCAAUUAUUAUAAUGGCGAUUCUGCUCCAACCAUAAAUUCAUACAUUGUGCCCCUGGCCUGAGAGGAUGGAAGUUCAACAUGUAGCUAGAUGUAGUAUGCUAAUGUUAACUAGCUGGCCUGGCGCAUCGUUGCCCAUGAAAGGAAGUUAGGCUAGAGAGCAAGCAUUUUAGCCAGGUAGCCUAGGAAACAAAAACUAUACUGAACAAAAAUAUAAACUCAACAUGUAAAUAGUUGGUCCCAUGUUUCAUGAGCUGAAAUAAAAGAUCCCAGUAAUUUCCAUACGUACAAAAAGGCUAAUUUCUCUCAAAUGUUGUGCACAAAUUUGUUCACAUCCCUGUUAGUGAGCCUUUCUCCUUCGCCAAGAUAAUUCAUCCACCUGACAGGUAUGGAAUAUCAAGAAGAUGAUUAAACAGUAUGAUCAUUACACAGGUGCACCUUGUGCUGGAGACGAUAAAAGGCCACUCUAAAAUGUGAACAAUGCCACAGAUGUCUCAAAUUUUGAGGGAGUGUGCAAUUGACAUGCUGACUGCAGGAAUGCAGAGAAUUUAAUGUUAAUUUUUGAGAAUUUGGCAGUACGUCCAACUGGCCUCACAACCACAGACCACGUGUAACCAUGCCAGCCCAGUACCUCCACAUCCGGCUUCUUCAUCUGUGGGAUUGUCUGAGACCAGCCACCCAGACAGCUGUUGAAACUGUGGGUUUGCACAACUGAAGUAUUUCUUCACAAACUGUCAGAAACCGUCUCAGGGAAGCUCAUCUGUAUGCUCGUUGUCCUUACCAGGGUCUUGAUCUGACUGCAGUUUGGCAUUGUGAUCAACUUCAGUGGGCAAAUGCUGACCUUCGAUGGCCACUGGCACGCUGGAGAAGUGUGCUCUUCAUGGAUGAAUCUCAGUUUCAACUGUACUGGGCAGAUGGCAGACAGCAUGUACGGCUUUGUGUGGGCAAGUGGUUUGCUGAUGUCAACGUUGUGAACAGAGUGCCCCAUGGUGGCGGUGUGGUUAUGGUAUGGGCAGGUAUAAGCUACAGACAAUGAACACAAUUGCAUUUUAUUGAUGGCAAUUUGAAUGCACAGAGAUACCGUGACGAGAUCCUGAGGCCCAUUGUCGUGCCAUUCAUCCACACCAUCACCUCAUGUUUCAGCAUGAUAAUGCACAGCCCCAUGUCGCAAGGAUCUGUACACAAUCCCUGGAAGCUGAAAAUGUCCCACUUCUUCCAUGGCCUGCAUACUCACCAGACAAUGUCACCCACUGAGCAUGUUUGGGAUUCUCUGGAUCAACGUGUAGGACAGCAUGUUCCAGUUCCAGCCAAUAUUCAGCAACUUUGCACAGCCAUUGAAGAGGAGUGGGACAACAUUACACAGGCCACAAUCAACAGCCUGGUCAACUCUAUGCGAAGGAGAUGUGUUGCACUGCAUGAGGCAAAUGGUGGAAAAACCAGAUACUGACUGGUGUACUGAUCCACGCCCCUACUUUUUUUAAAACGGUAUCUGUGACCAACAGAUGCAUAUCUGUAUUAGUCAUGUGAAAUCCAUAGAUUAGGACGUCAUUUAAUUUAUUUCAAUUGACUGAUUUCCUUAUAUGAACUGUAACUCAGUCAAAUCUUUGAAAUUGUUGCGUGUUGCAUUUAAUAUUUACGUUCAGUGUAAAAGCGUGUACUGUAUGACAGAGUCAUAGACCAUUUAGGCAACAUGAAAGAAGAGGAUGGCAUUGCCAUUUCUCUACAAGUAGGGUGAGUCAAAAUGUUUUUUCUACUUGUACACACACACACGGUUUUCUUUGCAACUUGCGGUAACUCUCCGUGGUUCUAAAUCAAUAGUUGUUUAGUUGUCCAAAGAUGUCGGAAACAUUACCUUGCUUGACCAUGCUGUAGGUCAUGCAACUGUUUGUUACAUGCAAUAUGUUUUGUGGACUUCACCGGACAGAUGUUGCUCUCCAGUUUUGUAAUGAAACAAAUGUGUGGUUGAAUUUAUUCUGCCACUGUGUCUUCUUAUUGUCUCUGCCUAUAUAUUACGGUGUGAAGGAAUAUGAACUAACAAGAUUUAUAGAGCAAACAACUCAAUUAUCACAACACAAAGGUUGAUUUACAGCAAUUUUUUUCUGGAUUGGCUUCCCCUGUGAUUUUACCCACGCACCGCUACUGGUAAGGAGGGUAUGGCAAGUCUUCAGAGGUAUGCUCACAUUAACACAACAGAGUAAUGAAAGACAAUCCUAUCUCUGUUUCUGCACAUAGUUCUUUCUGUUUCCCACAGCUGUACAGUUUUCCAUAUUGAGUACCACACAACGAUGUUACGAUCAUGACAGGUAAACAUAACUUCCUGAGUCAAAUGUGUGAAUCUGUACAGUGACAUUUUUGUCUGUGAAGUAACCUCGUCCCCAGGCUCAAUUGCUACAGAGAGAGAGCCGGCUGGGUGGAGAUUAUCUGUGAGUAAUUAAUGCAGACCAGAGUCAACCCAGAAGUACUUAUACAGAUCCUACUGGGGAUAAUAACAACAUUAGUCACACUUGUAGAAAGAAAGCGUAACCAAACACACUUCAGCUUGAACAAAAAAGGUAAUAAGGUGCUUGACUGAGGGACUUGAAAAUCCCAAAAAACAUUCCUCACCCCUGGACACUUCAACAGGUAAAUACAUACAUUUAAUUAAACUGGAAAAUAAAGAAAAAGCUGUUAUGAAUGCGUCCAAUGCUGAAACGUAAGCCUGUUGCUUUAAAUACAACCGAUCAGUGCAGACAGAGAACUCCUUUUCCUUUAUUUUCCUGAUAGUCACCUGUUGAAAAGUCCUGGAGUAAUGAAUGCUACCGUUGGUUAUGGUUUGUCUAUGUUUUUAUCUGAAGGAUGCCAGAAGAGUUGCAGUAUUCUACAGUGGUUUUAAAAAAUCCAAAUUUUACUUCACCAAAAGGUGAGUCUUAGCAUUUAUUUCUCUCUUCGUCUAUCUUACUCUCUUUUAGUUCAUUUCUAUCAAUUAAGCUAAUUCUCACUGCCAGACCUAGCACUAAAACAGUUUUAUUUAAAUCACCAUGAUUUUAAUUAUUCAAAUUGAAGGAUGCUUAAAGCAAGCGAGCAAGUUAUGCAGCUAUUUAUUCCGGAUUAUUUUCAUGUUUUAUCAAUUCUGUGUUGGAGAACGUUGAUGCCAAAUGUAUUGUAAAUUAAGGUUUGAUCAAGUACCUCUCUGUGACAAGUUACAUUCUUACCACAGUAAAAACUAAUGAAUUAUCUCUCUCUCCCACAAAAAAAGAGAAAAAGGAAGUGGAAACUCUAUAUGUUGAAGUAAAGGCAAGGGGGAGUUCACCCAGUCAACCUGGUCCUGCCACAUCAUGUGUGUUGAAUAAGAGAUCAAUAUCCACAAUUUAUUGUUCAAGUAUUAGACUCCUUCAAAUAAUGGCAUACUGUCAGAUUCACUAAUGAAGCAUAUUAAAAUGUGGCUAUAAUAAUUCACUCCUAUCUUUGCUAUUCCUAGUGAAGGAGGGCCUAUUCCUAGUGAAGGAUGGCCCUCCUCCCCACUCUCAACCCUUUCGUGGAGUGGCAGUGUGUUUGGGAGUUCUUUGUGUCCUGUUGGUGUUAACAAGUAUACCUUUCUGUGUCUACUGUGAGUAUGUGGAUCAUAAAGACAAAAUAAUAUGGAAUUUGGAGAGGUGCAGGUUGAGUAAGCAUGUCCUUCUCUCUACACAGUCAGCACCUCCCUCUCCGAGCACAACACAAAUCUGGUGAAGGAACUGGAGCAGUUAACAGAUGACCAUAUAUCCCUACUGGCAGCCAAUCAGGACCUAAUGAAUCUCUACUGCAAGCUGAGUGAAGCCAAUCACAUUUUGCAGAGCGAUUACAUCAAUGUGUCUACUGAAAACCAGCAAUUGAAGGCAGAGAGGAUGAACUUGUCAAGAGACAGAGAUGGGCUCAAUUGGACUCUUGGGGUCAUAUUUCAGUUGAAGAAGUUCCCAGUUGAUAACUACUGCCCAUAUAAAGAUGCCAACAUCAAAGGUAAAGUUUACAUCCUAGUUAAUAUUAUCUCAUUCAUAUGAAUUGUCUCAUAUGCUGAUGGUCCAGAAUGUAUGUCACAGUGAUGCUUUAUGUUGCUUUAAAUGUCAAAAACAGUAUGUUGCUGGUUGUAGUGGUCCUCUGUUGCUCAGUUGAUAGAGCAUGGCACUUGCAAUGCCAGGAUAGUGGGUUUCAUUCCCAGGACCACUCGUACAACAAAUGUAUGCACGCAUUACUGUAAGUCGCUUUGGACAAAAGCAUCUGCUAAAUGGUAUAUAUUAUUAUUAUAUUCCUUUGCAUGUUUCAUGUUGCACAGAUAGAGAGUGCAAACCUUGUCAAGUUGGCUGGGUGCUGUUCCAAUCCAGUUGUUACCUGUUUCUGCACAUUAAAGUCCCCUUUGGUCACCUUUGGAGGACCUGGCAAGGAAGCAGACAGCACUGCAAGAACAACAAUGCCGAUUUGGUUGACAUAGACAGUCAAGAGGAACAGGUAGGACACAACUUUUAAAGGGUUACUCAAGCAAUACAAAUGUCCAAAAAGUGAAAUAGGAACCAUAUUAAAAUAUGUGAUAUAUAGCUACUGUACGUUCAAGGAAACCCCCUCAUAACAUUAAGUUCAUGAACACUGCUACAACUGUGCUCUUUGUUAUACCAUAUGAAAGUGGUACUUCCUGUUGUCUUGUUUUGUAGGCUAAGAAUGGGCUUCAAAUAAGACUUUUCGCCGAUGUGUCUUACUUCUUGAGCGUCAAAUAUUUUGAUAAAAGGAAUCGGGUAUGAGCAAAUUAAUACAUGAAUACGAAUAGAAUUGUGUAUAUAUAUAUCUUAUACACUGAGUGUACAAAACGUUAGGAACACCUUCCUAAUAUUAAGUCGCACCCCAUUUUGCCCUCAGAACAGCCUCAAUUUGUCGGGCAUGGACUCUACAAGGUGUUCAGAAGCGUUCCACAGGGAUGCUGGUCCCAUGUUGACAAUGCUUCCCACAGUUGUGUCAAGUUGGCUGGAUGUCCUUUGGGUUGUGGACCGUUCUUGAUACACAUGGGAAGCUGUUGAGUAUUUUAAAAAACUGCAACGUUGCAGUUCUUGACACACUCAAACUGGUGUGCCUGGCACCUACUACCAUACCCCGUUCAAAGGCACUUAAAUAUUUUGUCUUGCACAUUCACCCUCUGAAUGGCACACGUCUCAAGGCUUAAAAUCCUUCUUUAAUCUGUCUCCUCCCCUUCAUCUACACUGAUUAAAGUGGAUUUAACAAGUGACAUAAGGGAUCAUAGCUUUCACCUCGAUUCACCUGGUCAGUCUAUGUCAUGGAAAGAGCAUAUGUUCCUAAUGUUGUGUACACUCAGUGUAUGACCACCUUUUCAUGAAUUUGAUUAUAUAAGCUUGAAGCCCAUUCAAAAAAGUAGGGGACUGACAACAGGAAGUACUUUCAUACCGUAUUCUCUUUCAUUUGGACCCAAUAAGAUGCAUUUAUCCAUAACGUUUAGACACUAAUGCUGCCUCCCAAAACUGUGUAUUACUGUUAAAUGCAGCCUAUUUAUUUAUUUGUAUCUACUUGUGGAUUCAUUAAUUUCUCAUUCAGGAAUUCAUUCUUAACAACACUCAAGCCUACUAUGAUGAAGAUCAUGGGUACUGGAUCGGCCUGACUGACAUAGCUGAAGACGGUCAAUGGCUUUGGGUUGAUGGACGUCAUCAGAAUCUGACUGAUGGGUAAGGACAUUCCAAUCAAUGUAAAUACAACAAAGAAGCAUGUUACCUAGAACAACGCUUCACUAAGGGCUGGAUUCAAUCCGUAUCGCGGAAGAGCCACGUUAUAGCUCAAUUGAAAAUCAAUGUUCCCACUUUCGAGACUGCAUUCACGGUCAACGCUGCAUGUCGGAAACUAUUACCUUUAAAAUCUUAACGUGGCUCUUCCGCGAUACGAAUUGAAUCCAGCCCAUAAUCAUUAUUUUAUUUGGUUAUGUUUUCUUUUCACAGGUUUUGGAAGCGUCAGCCUGUGUGGGGUCGUGAUUGUGCUUUAACUAACCCAAACAAUGCACCUUUGGCUAAUUGGAAUGCUGCAUCAUGUGGCCAGAGAAACCGAUGGAUCUGUGAGAGUAGAGCAUUAAUAUGGUCA